AACCGAAGUUAAUCGGUUAUAUUUGAUUCGAUAUGGACCGAAUAGUAGUGAUCACCCUAGGUUUUGUCCAAGGUUGGAAUGUUGAUUAGGAAAUGUUGACGUUGAAAACGGAAGUUUUUCACAAAGAAGAAAAGGAAUAAAUAAAAAAAAGCCGGUAGGAGAGGCAAUUCAGAGUCCAGACUGGUUUAGGCCCAUCAACCGGCCCCGCCCAUUCGAUCGUCUUCAAUCCAAAUGCUAUAAUAGCUGCUGCUGUGCCGCGCCGCCGACGCCGUCCUCGUCAUUCUUCAUUUUCCCCGGCCGAGCAGCAAAGAUGGAAAAGAGCGACGCCGAGCCACCGCGCGAUUCCGAUAACAACUUGAACUGGAGCGAGGCCGUCGAGGAUCUUCUAUCGUAUGGCGAUACAGACGCCGCGAUCUCUCGUCUGGAAUCCGUAGUGUCCCAACUCCAACUCCAACCCACUCCGCCUUCCCAAGCGGCGGAUCUCCAAUUGGCUUCCGCUCUCACCGAAUUGGCCAAUCUCUACUCCUCCAACGACUUCUCCCUCAAGUCCGACGAACUUCGCUCCCGCGCCGCGCUCCUCAGACACCGCGCUCUUGGUUCCCGCGUGGACGAUCAAGAUUCGGACUUUGGUGCCGCUUCCUCUUCUCGAUGUGACGGCGGUGUUGAGAAACCCUCGUCACAGUCUGCUGCUGCUGCUGGUGAUGAAGCUUCAGAUGAUGAUUGGGAAGCUGCGGCAGAUCGUGCACCCAGUGAAUUGCUCUCUCCUGACUGCCUGCCGAGUGUGUCAAAAGUCUCAAAGAAAGAAGAGGCUGAUAAAAAGCCAAAGCGCCGUGGGAGGGGCACAUUCUCAUAUAAGAAGAAUGGAUUGUAUAGUGAUCGGCAAUCUGAUGCACUUGUUUCUGAUGAUGAAGAGGAUGAGGAAGUCGGAGAAACUGGCCAGAGUAGAGAAUCGAAACAUGUUUCAUCUACGUAUGGCACACAUCAUGUUCUUGUCCUGGCUGACUUCCCUCCCAGCACAAAAACAACAGAUCUAGAAAGGUUUGUGGACGACUUCAAAGAUCGGGGAGUCUCAAUCCGUUGGGUUAAUGACACGACUGCUCUUGCAGUGUUCAGAACACCAUCAGCUGCACUGGAGGCCCGCAACUCUGUUAAAUUUCCAUUCACUGUACAUAUUCUCAAUGACGAUGAUAUCCUUAUGAGCUUCAUCUCAACCAAAGACUUGGAACCUCCGAGGCAACGGCCUCAAACAUCAACAAGAACGGCUCAAAGGCUGAUUGCCCAAGGGAUGGGACUGAAGUUGCCUUCCCCUGGGUUUGGAUCCCGAGAGCUCAAGAACCAGGAAGAAGCCAGAAAGACUCGGAUAGUUACCAGGCAAAAGCUGAGGGAUGACGCUUGGGGAGACGAUUGACUUACCAAAUUAGUCUGCGGAAUUAUGUAUAUUGUUGGAGAUUUGUAGCAUUGACCUUGAGAGCUAUAAGGUGGCCUUUGAACGUAACUUGGUUUCAUAUUGGCUAUUUGUCUUCCUCUUGAUGUUACUCUGUUUUGUCUUCAUGUUCUGACCGGUGACUGGUGAUAGAAAAACUGCUGGUUUAUAACGUCAGAUUUUCUUGUGGAAGUAGAGGAAAUUGAGAGAAUGAAAGUACGAUUCAACU